AAAUCAGUGAUAUAAAUCUGUAGCCAAACAAGGCAGUUGAUGAUUUUGUUUUCUAUUUUUAGGUCGCAGUUAAUGUGAUGGGAGCAUUUGUUCUCCUAUCAGUUUUACCAUUACUGAUAUUUAUUGGCCAGCAACUGAAACUAGAAUCCUAUCCAUGGAUGCUUCAGUCGGAUUGUAUAUUUUAUGCUGUCGUGAUAUCAAUAAUAUAUUUGUUCAUAUUUUAUUCAAUCGCCAUGCAGUUUUUUAAUUCACAGAAGCAAAUCAAUACUGUCAGCGGUUAAUAUUCGCAGUGUUAUGUCUAUUCAUAUGAGAGAGGUAUUCUGUUAUUCUAAAUAUAAUCUUUAUAAACUAUUACCAAUUUCAACAAAUAGAGUUGGUAAUCGAAAUAUGUCGUUUCUUCUGAAUUUUUUAAAAUAAAUGUAUUAUCAGUUAUUCA